GGCGGCUGUGUGUUGAGCUCGACAGUACGCGAAAAUGUUGUACCUUGUGGGUCUUGGGUUAGGAGAUGCGAAGGAUAUCACUGUUAAAGGACUCGAAAUCGUUAAAAAGGCAGACUAUGUAUUUCUGGAGGCAUAUACAUCAAUUCUUUGUGUAGGAAAGGAAGUAUUGGAAGAAUUUUAUGGAUGCAAAAUCCAGUUGGCUGACAGAGAAACAGUGGAACAAAAUUCAGAUCUUAUUCUGGAGCAUGCCAAGGAGAAAGAUGUUGCUUUCUUGGUUGUUGGAGAUCCCUUUGGGGCCACUACCCACACAGACCUGGUAUUGAGAGCUCACCAGAUGGGCAUUCAAUACCAAGUGAUCCAUAAUGCUUCUAUUAUGAAUGCAGUUGGAUGCUGUGGACUUCAGUUAUACAACUUUGGAGAGACAGUGUCCAUUGUACUUUGGACUGAUAACUGGAAACCAGGCAGUUUUUAUGAUAAGAUUGCAAGUAACAGAAAACAGGGUCUUCAUACACUUUGUUUAUUAGGUAAAUGCUCACGGUGAACCCUAACAUCAGUGCGCAAGUUCUCUAUACUAUU